AUGGUACGGCCCCCUUGGAAGAUGGAAGCAUAUGGUGCACAUGUCGCGUCAGAUCCGCUGGUUAAUACUCCUAUUCUCCUCCAGGUGCUGUUCAAGCGCAAGCCGGUCCGGUUCCUCGAACCGCCGCAAGUACCCGAUGGCUCCUCCGAGGUCUGGUACAUCGAUCAGACUGGCGAGAUGUUUCUCACAUACGAGGACUAUCUCAACAGAAUGGAUUUUUACAAGCAGCGACGAUUUAUCUGCCAGAUAACCGGUCAUUCAGGCUUGACCUUUUUCGACGCGCUUAAAAGCGAGCUCCAUGGCGCUCAAGAGGUCGAUCAGGCCUUUCCAGAAUCACUAAAAGGCCCCAUCCUACGGCGUGUUCAAUUCUCUACAGUCUCGAGGAUAGACCACCUUGUUGAUCAGGUCUUUGACGAGUUCAAGUCCGACUACUAUCCUGGCGAAUCUGUGGGUAUCCAACUCAUGGAGGGAGAUCGGCAUCAAGGCGUCGUACGGGAAAAGGUUAAGUUCCCAGGAAAAAUUCUCCCUGACGGCAGCUCAACCAAGCCAUAUUCUUCUUAUACCGUUAGCCUUGACAGCAUGCCGGGACAGGAGGCGCAGGUUGAUAGCGAACACAUCUGGCGCGAUCGCAAGGUCUUUACCAAGUCGGUCCUGCGAUCGUUUAUCAAGAAGACGGUCACCAGGGAGGCUUGGAACGGUGCGCCAUGGCUGGUCAAACAUGAUGUCGCAGCCAAGUAUCACAUUGAUACACGGGUGCCUACUCACCUGCUUUACGACAGCAAACUCCUGGAGCGCAAGCACCUGCAGGCUCAAAAGAAGCACCAAAGCUCGGCGGAUAGCAGCUUCAACGGCACCAAUGGCACCCCGCUUGUCAACGGGAACGGCCCAAUGCCGACUAACCCCUUCAGUUCCAAUGGCCCAAUGCGGUUGCCAGAGCUGAAGCCCGCUCCCAAGAGCCACAAGCCGAAACACCUUCAGGGCCAGCAGCCAGUCAAGGGUAAAUUGGUCGGUCUUGUUCACCCAGAGAUUGGUCAUGACAUGAUGCCCCCGCCGAUCCCAGGAAAUCCUUUACAUUUCUCAAUGUCAUACCAAAAUCCGGGCAAAACGAUUCCAAUGAUGUACCAACCCGAACCGCCGCCACCACCCCCGCCUCCGAAAUAUCCCAUCGAGGACUUGCAGCUAGAGUCACGUGGCCACGUUCGACCGAAGAUAAAGUUCUUGUGUAAGGAUCCGCCAGUCGACGUCGAGAAGACUCCGCCUCUCGGCGAAAACAUCUUGAUGAAGUCCGUGGGGCCAUUGUUGGAAACAUGGGACACCCUCAAUGUCUACUGCGAGGUCUUCAAGCUAGACUCGUUCACAUUUGAUGACUACGUGGAAUGUCUGGUCGUUGCAUCAGAGGAUGUCAGGCCUCAACUGUUUGAUGAGAUCCACUGCUCAAUACUGUCCGUCCUGGUCAGCUCGGAAAAGGACGGCGGUGAAGCCCAGAUUCAACUCCCAGCUCUGGAUGACGACGAGGAUGACGACGAAGAGGAAGAGAGCCGGUCACCGACACCCGAGCCCGAGCCAAAGCCAGCCAAACGGGCAACUAGGAGCAGCCUUGCCAAGGCCGAGGCAGAGCGCUUAGCCAACGAAGCCGCGGCUGCUGAGAGGGAAAGUGAGGAACAAGCCGCACUCGCAGCGAAGCGUCACCGCGCCGAGGACGUCCUGGAGGACUACGACUGGGUCGAGCAGGCUGCAAAGCGCAACUUUGAGGAUGGCGGCUGGGAGCGGAUCAUGGUCGGGUUGCUACACCAGAUUUCCCAACGGGAGCGCUUACGAGACUCGUGCGAGGACAUACUGGCGCAGCUUGUCCCUACGGCCGACCAGCCUACGCAGGAGACGGUGCGCAGGAACUACGCUAGAAUGGACAUCAACAUGCGCGUCGCUGCCCUGCAGUUAAUAUGCAUGUUGACGGUGGAGACCAAGGCCAUUCGUGCCUAUAUGGAGGAGUGCAGCGAGACCAUGACUGAAUACAGAAAACAGAAGAUUGAGCUCCAGCGGCAGAGGAAGCUUGCGAUCGAGGAGCUGAAGGCGUUGAAUGAAGAGCGGAAAAUCCAGCUGCCCGACAACAUGCCUCCAUCGCCGAAGCCUGAGGUUCCAAAGGCCAACGGCGAUGUUUCAAUGACAGGCACCAACGAUCAUGCGUCCCCGCUGGUUGAUGACGAUACGAUGAACGCCGAUACGACUGAAGACGAUGUAGCCAUCGGAAGGGGGUUGAGGCGCGCACAGGAUCGUGCAGCGCAAAGGCAGAAGAAGCGGGAGCUUGAGGAAGAGCGUAAAAGGGAGAAAGAGGCGGCAGCGGCAACCAAGGCGCCGAAGCAAACGAAACAGUUUAUAAAACUUCUAAAGGACAUUCAAAAGAAGGAAGACACGAUCAAGGAACUUGAGGCCGAGAUCGCCGUCAUCGACAACGACCUGCGCGAAGCCGAUUGCCCGCGGACGCGUGUUCUCGGCAAGGACCGAUUCUGGAACAGGUACUACUGGUUUGAGCGCAACGGUAUGCCUUACGCUGGCCUGCCGCAGAGUUCGACUGCCGAGGCCGAGUAUGCGAACGGGUGCAUAUGGGUGCAAGGACCGGACGACAUGGAGCGCGAGGGCUACAUUGACCUCGCCCCCGAGCAAGAAAAAGAGUACAAGGCCAAAUUCGGCAUGACCGUGGCCGAGCGCAAAGUCAAGGAUGAGGGCCCAACGAGCGUGUUCAAUGCGCGCCAGUGGGGUUUCAUUUCAGAUCCAGACGACGUCAAAAAGCUUAUUGAAUGGCUCGAUCCCCGCGGCUUCAAUGAGCUCAAGUUGAGAAAGGAGCUUGUUGCCUUUAGGGAGCGAAUCGAGACUCAUAUGCGCAACAGGCUCAAGUACGUCGGCAACCCAGAAGAGGAGAAGCCGAUCGAGGAAGAGGCUGGCAAAAAGGAGAAGACGCCCGAGAAGGAGCCCGAGAGGAAGUCCGGGUUUACGGCCGUCAACUCAGGCAAGCGAUCAACUCGCGGUGUUGCCGCAGCCAAGGCAGCCGUGGUGCAGUCGACACCUGAACCACCAAAAUACCGCUGUCUCAAGUGGGAGAACCAAACGAUGAUAGAGGAUGCGGGCCAUAUACACAGUGUCCACCCGCCUCCACCUCGAACGAAGAAGCCCAGUCGGAAAAAGGAGGCUGCGGAUGCCUCUGCUGCUGCUGCGGCGGCGGACAAGAAGGGCAAGCCGCUAGGCCGGCAGGGGACCAGAUAUAACUUCUAG